AUGAAUUGGACAUUGGUUGAUAAUAAGCUAUCAAAUUACGAUAACAGAGAUGUCAUUGUUGUCAAUGGAUCCUUUACUUCUCUAUCAUUUUUAUCGACGAGAUCACAACAAUAUACAUACUAUGAAUUGCCAGAUAAGCCACUUUCAGCACUCUAUUUUCCAAACUUGGCCAAUCUCCGUAUCACUUCACUACAGAGGGAUGGCAGUAUCAACAUUCUCUACAUGGUCAGAAAUCUAUUACGACUCAAAACACUAGCCCUCGUUAGCACUCUCACCCAGUAUAUCCCCGAAAGAUUCCCAUAUGCUUUAAAACUAACUUCUUUUACAUUCAAAGGUCCAGUCUUUGCCAAAAAUAUAAAUUCAUUGUAUUAUCCUCGUUUAGUUGAAUUGUUACCAGAUUCUUUGUGUGGUGCAGACGGGGUAUAUGAUCUUUGGCGUCAAAACACGACACAUGUCGUCAAAUAUGCAGCCGAUUGUUUCAAAUGCUUUGAUAGUAGAUUAUCUCCUUAUAUGCUAGGAGCUACUAAUGUGUUUAAAGGAUACGAUUAUCCUUGUGAUAUCAGGGUAACAUCAUUAUACUAUAAGAAAAAUGAUACAGUUAUUAUCAAUGGAAAUAAUCUUCAAUCGUCUUUUGGGUCGACCACCUCUGGUAAUGGUGUAACUGAUUUCAUCCUUUCAAACCAAAUUGUACAAUAUCGAAGAGCUGAUUUAAGUCCAAUACAAGAUCAAGUGGUGUUGAGUAGUAGGUCUGGAAGCACAGCUUCCAUUCUAGUAUCAUUUACUAGAAUUAAUCUUGGCAAUUUUAUAACAAUUGAUCAACAACCUUUUGGAAUCAAUAUAUCAAUCAAUCUAAAUUAUAAUAUCAAUAUUGCCCAUACUAUAUCUUUAAAUGGUGCUGCUUGUAGGAAAUUCAAUAAAUACCCUUCACUUUCCAACAACAAUAAUUAUACUAUAACGAUGAAUGAAUCAGUGACGGAAUAUAAAUUAGAAUUAAUUGGUCAAUUUGGAAUGAUCAAUCAAACAAGUAGUAGCAGUGCAAGUACAACAAUGUCAUCGGUACUGAUCAACAAUACCGAUUGUAUUAUUAUAUCAAUCAAUUCAACUUAUUUGGAAUGUAUCAUUACAUUGGAUACAAAUACAACAACAGUAUAUCAACAACAACAUAUAGGAGGUGGUGGUGGUGAUGGUGAAUUUGUUGAGAUUUAUAUAUCGAUUGAUGGACAUUCAUUCACAUCAUUUGAUUCUAUUUAUAUUAAAUAUCCUACUACUCCAUCUUCUUCCUCUUCAUCCUCUUUGCCCUCAUCUUCAUCCUCCUCAGCAAACGAUAACCAAAAUAGUAGUAAUAGCGACUGCCAAUCAAACAACACCAAAUAUUAUAUUAUUGCUGGUGUUUUAGGUGGAGCAUUGGCAGCAGGAGCUACUGGCUCUAACAUGCUUACGUGGUUUUCGGGUUCAUUUGAUGAUCUCAAACCAGAGAAGGAAGGUUAUAACUCCCCGUUGUCCACUGCACACCCGUCUAUGUCUAACUGUCAAGUUGGCUCUUGUUGUUGUCUGUUUCUCUGUCUGCUGUUGCUGAGUUUCGUAGUCAUCAAUGUUGUCAACGCACAAUCUACUCCUCUGACGAUCAAUGCUGAUGAAGUUCCAUCACUAGCAUUUUUAAUCAGACAAUAUGGAGUGAAUUGGCAAUUAGUUGGUAAUGUUUUAUCGAAUUACUCAAACUCCAAUACUGUCGUAAAUGGUUCAUUUACUUCUUUAUCAAUUGUAUUGCAGAAAGCACAACAAUAUACCAACUAUCCACCACCACCACCAGACCAAUCACUUUCAGCACUCUAUUUUCCAAAAUUGACCUACCUCAACAUAGACUCACUUCAGAGGGAUGGUAGUAUCAACAUUCUCUACAUGGUCAGAAAUCUAUCCAACCUCAAAACAUUGUACCUCACAAACCCAAGUAUUCCCUAUAUUCCUGAUGGAUUCCCAUUUACUUUAACAAAACUCACCGAUUUAAAUCUAGCUGGCUAUGUAGAAGCUUUACCAGACGGAUUAGGAGAGGGUCUCACAACAGUUUUUUAUUUUGAUAUGGUAGGGAUAUAUACACUUCCCUACGAGAUUGAUAAAAUGGCCUACGUAGCAGAGUGCUUUCGAUGCUAUAGUGGACUUUUUUCUCGUUUGAUGGUUGGUUCUGAUUAUUUGUUUGGAGCAAGGAACUAUCCUUGUAAUACCAAAGUCACAUCACUAUACUAUAGUACCCAGAAUAUAGUUAAAAUAGGUGGUAAUAAUUUACUGUCACCAAUGUCAGAUCCCAAGUCACCCAAUGGUGAGAGCACUAUUUUAAUAGGUAACAAAUUGAUACAGUACAAUAGAACUCGUAAUUUAGGUGCUAUAGAAGAUCAAGUGGUAUUGGGUAUUAGUGAAACAGGGAUCACAGCUUCCAUUCCUGUAUCAUUUACUCGAAUCAAUCUAGGCAAUUUUAUAACGAUUGAUCAACAACCUUUUGGAGUCAAUAUAUCAAUCAAUCUAAAUUAUAAUACCAAUAUUCCCCAUUCUAUAUCUUUAAAUGGUGUUGCUUGUAGGAAAUUCAAUAGUAUCUAUAUCAAAGAUAGAUUAACAUGUUUCUUUCCACUUCAAAUAUCAUCACAAUCAACCCUAUUAAAUUAUAAUAUUGCCAAUAUCAGAAAUAAUGAAAUAUAUCAAUAUAAUUAUACAAGACAAUACCCUUCACUUUCCAACAACAAUAAUUAUACUAUAACGAUGAAUGAAUCAGUGACGGAAUAUAAAUUAGAAUUAAUUGGUCAAUUUGGAAUGAUCAAUCAAACAAGUAGUAGCAGUACAAGUACAACAAUGUCAUCGGUACUUAUCAACAAUACCGAUUGUAUUAUUACAUCAAUCAAUUCAACCUAUUUGGAAUGUAACAUUACAUUGAAUACAAAUACAACAACAGUAUAUCAACAACAACAACAAAUAGGAGGUGGUGGUGAUGGUGAAUUUGUUGAGAUUUAUAUAUCGAUUGAUGGACAUUCAUUCACAUCAUUUGAUUCUAUUUAUAUUAAAUAUCCUUUGCCUCCUGCAUCCUCAUCUUCAUCCUCCUCCUCUUCCUCUUCCUCAUCCUCAUCGAAUGAUAUUAGUAAUAGCGAUUACCAAUCAAACAACACCAAAUAUUAUAUUAUUGCUGGUGUUUUAGGUGCAGCAGCAUUGGUAGCAGUAGCUACUGCAGGUACUGUUUUAUUUAAACGGUUCAAGAAAAAAAAACGAGUCAAUAGACGUAUCCAAUUCAACACUCAACUAUCAUUAAAGAAACUAUAA